AUGUCUCAACACCCAGACAAUCUUCCUCCCCACUCGCUUAAUCUCACUCUUGACGAAGCUCUCGUUCACGAUUUCGACCACGUUUCCAUACACUUUGAAACUCAACCUCAAUCCUUCUGCCUUGUUGUGAAAGUCCUUACCCCUAAACCAAUUAAACCCAAAUGGAUUUGCAAAGCCAUGAAGGAUGCUUGGGUAGCUUGUCUCCCCUUCACUUUCUCAAAAUAUCAUUUUGGUUUAUUCUUGGCAACCUUUGGCUGCGAAGGGGAUCGCCGCAGAGUUGUCGAACGCCAGCCUUGGCAUUUUGACCGUGCCUUGAUGCUCUUUGCCAUCCCUGAUGGUUUCGACACCAUUCUCCCCAGUCAGCUUAGGUAUAUACCCCCCUGGAUGCAAGUGCACUUCAUCCCUUUUGGUAAUCGGUCCCAUGGCUUGGCUCACUUUGUUGCUGAUACUAUAGGGGAUCUUAUUGAAGUUUAUCUCCCUUCUCUGUAUGACUCUAUCACCCCAUUUAUGCGCAUUCGUGUUCUCCUUGACACCACCAAGCCCCUGUGUAAGGGUAUGAAUGUCCACUUUCGUAACCUUUCCCUCACUAAAUGGCUAAAGUUCCAGUAUGAAGGCAUCCAGAACUACUGCUAUCACUGUGGGAAGCUUGAUCACACAUUCAAUCGAUGUGAGUCCUUCCUUCAUUUCUGUGAUACUCGUGCUCACCCUCUCUCUUAG